AUGUUGCUGCUUUACGCUAAGUUCAAUCCCCUUUCAAUCGACCGAGGUCCAUUCGAUGGGCAUGUUGGGGGUGGGAUGAUUAUGAAGGAACUCACGAGUCCAUGGACUCAUUGGUUUGACACCAAUCGCGACGAUUUUGUAAACUCCUUGGGCUCUACCAAAGAUCAACCAUCGAAAUGUGACCCAAAUGAUGCUCUUAACGAUGUUUUAUUUAGUGGACCAAAUGGUCCACCUCUUUCUCUCGUUCGACGGGCAGAAGACCUAGAACCUAUUGUCGAGCUCUCAGUGUCAAAGUGGUACGAUGCUAGAUUCGCGCACGACUUUUUAGAUGCAAAUCUGAAACCUCUUUCAAAGACCACCGCUGUCAGAGACUGGGUUGGCCACAUUUUGCUCAGCCGCAGUAUGAAUAUUGCGGCUAGUGCUACAUCCACUCCAGAAGUCAAGCAACAGGCCAAUAUCAAUGGUGUACCCGCGACGCUUUUCUUUAAUUCAAACGCUAUGCAGCGUCUGCUGCCUGAUGCGGGUCCCUCACAGGCGUAUACCAUCGUUAACGAGGUUUAUGUUCAAGCUGUUAAUUCGCUGGGGCUAAGCCUGUAUUAUGCUGAUUACUCUACUAAGCCUCCGACACAGAGAAUAACAGUUCAAGGAUCAGAGGGACCCUUCGCUUUUCCUAUUAUCGAGUCCGGCGUGGAAGAUUAUCAAGCCAUGCUAAUGGUUGAUUUUUAUAAUCCCAUUUACUCUGCUCGCCGCGAAGGCUUGAUGCAGUAUGUGCCCCAUGACGCGACCCUCAAGGCCGACGGGAAAAUCUACGAUGUCCUUGACCAAUUUCUCACCAACCUACAUGCAUCGCCUGCAUCGAAAGAACCGGAAUCAGCCGAGUUUGAGCUCCUCGAGCUCCUCGCCACUCCUGACGCAUCCUAUGCUAAAGAAUUUACCGCUCGAGUUAACACGUACCUCAAAAAAGUUGAGGAGCGAAUGAACAGUGAAGUGGCCAUCAAGAUUUCAGCGGUGGAAGAAUACAUGGCGCUUGCAGACGGACGAAGGAGGUUGUAUCGAGGUCGCGAGAACGAGAAAGAGUCGUCUGGGCUGAACGAAUUUUUGCUUACUUUACCCAUGGCUGAUAAGACCCUACCGCUCACGCGCAUGAUGGAGGAUGGGACAGUGACGGUUAUGAGUCCUGAAGAGAUCGAAUUUUCAGCAAGAAGAAUCGGGAAAGGAAACAUGCUUUAG